UUCUACGCCCGCUUCCACCGGGGGAGCCGCUCCGAAGCCGAGGCGGCCGGGGCGGGGGAUUCCGGAGCCACUCCGGAGCGAGCCCGGCGCCGCCUGGAGAUCGUCUUCGUCUCGGCCGAGCAGGACCCGCAGCGCUGGCAGGAGGCCGCCCGGGCCAUGCCUUGGCUCGCCCUGCCCUUCGCCGACAAGCGCCGGAAGCUGAAACUUUGGAACAAGUUUCGGGUCUCCAACAUUCCUUCUCUGAUAUUUAUAGAUGCGAUCACCGGGAAGGUGGUAUGCCGGAACGGCCUUCUAGUAAUUCAAGAUGACCCAGACGGUCUGGAGUUCCCUUGGGGUCCCCAGCCGUUCAACGAGGUGGUCGCCGGUCCGCUUCUCCGAAAUAACGGCCAGUCGCAAGACAGCGCCGUCCUGGAGGGCUCCCAUGUCGGAGUUUACUUCUCUGCGCACUGGUGUCCUCCCUGCCGAAGUCUUACCCGGGUCUUGGUAGAAUCCUACCGGAAAAUCAAGGAGGCCGGGCAAAAAUUUGAGAUCGUCUUUGUUAGCGCGGACAGGUCAGAAGAGUCAUUUAAACAGUAUUUCAGCGAAAUGCCCUGGCUCGCAGUCCCGUACGCCGACGAAACCAGGCGGUCCCGGCUUAACCGACUCUAUGGUAUCCAAGGGAUCCCGACGCUCGUCAUCCUGGACGCCAAGGGGGAGAUCAUCACGCGACAAGGACGGGUGGAGGUUCUGAACGACAUCGAAUGCCGGGAGUUCCCCUGGCACCCGAAGCCUGUCCUGGAGCUGACCGAGUCCAACGCGGUGCAGCUGAACGAGGGUCCCUGCCUCGUUCUCUUCGUAGAUUCGGACGAUGACGGAGAAUCGGAGGCUGCCAAACAGUUAAUCCAGCCCAUCGCAGAGAAAAUAAUUGCUAAAUACAAAGCCAAAGAUGAGGAGGUCCCGCUCCUGUUUUUCGUGGCUGGAGAGGACGACAUGACCGACUCCCUGCGCGAUUACACCAACCUCCCGGAAGCCGCCCCUCUGCUCACCAUCCUCGACAUGUCCGCCCGGGCCAAAUACGUCAUGGACGUGGAAGAGAUCACGCCCGACAUCGUGGAAGCCUUCGUGAAUGACUUUCUCGUGGACAAGCUGAAACCUGAGCCCAUCUAAAGAGGCAGGAAAGGUGGCCAGCCCACCUCGCUCAGACCUUAUUUAAAAAAGAAAGUGAGGGGGAAAGCCAGGAUUUGGCCAACGCCAGUGCACAAACAACGGGGUUUUUUUGCAGUCUCGCGGUGCCUUUUUUGAAACGCGCAUCUCCUCGACUCCGAAACUCUUUCCAAGGUGCUGUUCCAAGAGGGGAGAUGGCGGGGAGGGGCUUAUCUAGGGGCUGGGUGGGGGGAAAGGUGGCUUUUUUUUUCUGUCUCAAGAAAGACGGCGUCUUCCCGGUUUUAAACACAAAAGGGUGGUAGGAUUAGGAUGGUAGCUUUGGAACGUAUCCCGGAGGUCAUCUAGUCUGACCUCAUUCCAGUUUGAGAAACCACAGGACAAACGUCCCCAACGGCUGGGCCCCUGAACUCACCAUUUAAAAACCACCUUUCGAGGUAGUCCGUUCUGCUAUCAAACCAAGGCUUGGUUUCUAGCCACACAACCUCACCACCACCCCAGUCUUGGUUGCUCUCCUCUGGACAUUAUUUCAGCUUCUUGAUAUUCUUUUCCUCAACUGUGAUGCUCCAGACUGGGUGUACGGGACUCCGGGUGAGGGUUGGCCGCAGCAAAACAGGGCGACAACCCCCCAACUUCCCGAGACCGUGACUUAGGAACCCCUCAAAACCGCCCACAUUCAGGGGCUGCUUUGAGAGGGUGAAAGAAAUUGGAAACCCAUCCGGACACUUUGCCACCAAAUACUUUGCUUUUUUCACCAGCAAAAGCCCAAGUUUUUUUCCAGUGGCAUUUCUCCAGGGAGUACGAGAUGGGUCUUAUUUAGGUUCGUUUGGAAAUCCUACAUGGGGUGGGGGGUCCGCCCAGACAGCUUCAUUCCCUGGGAUUUCUGGCCAUUGCUUCUCCGGCUUCCAAAAACCACGUGGUAUCCCUUUGUGCUCAGGUUUCUGUGUCCAUCAUUUACAGUUACACUACAAGGAGAGGAGAAAUGAGUUACCACCUAAAAACCACGGCCAGAAAUAAAAAUAAAAAGGCAAGGUAAUGUAUUGUGGCACUUUCAUGACGAACGGAUUUAUUCCAGUGCACACUUUUGUAGCUCAAAACCCGCUUCUUUAGACCCAAAGGAAGACAAAUCCAUAGAUAUAAGGGGCCGUGCGUUUGCACCCCUGGGUCUAAAGGAAGUGGGUUUUGAGCCGCAAAAACUCAUGCUGAAUCUGUUAGUAUUUAGAGGGCUGAAAUAUUUUCCUCUCCAGUCCAGCGUUUGCCCCAACCUGUUUUUUCCCCUGCAGUCUUUCUGCCACUUGAUUGAAAGCGGAACGAAGCCCAUGUUUUGUGGCUUCUCUGAAGUUUGCUUGAACUGGGUUCGUUUUAUAGGACUCCUUAGACUUUUACCUGGUGAUGGCAUGCUACAGCCAGCUAGAAGAGGCGGCUCGUGAUUUCACGUGUCUUUUCCAUAGUUUUGAAUGGUUCGAUUAUGUUUUUAUUCGCAGCGAGAGGGCAGAAACCAGUCUGGUGCAGCGACCUGCCUCCCAGCGCCCUUAAUGUAAAAGCCAGAAUUAUCUUACGAGAUUUUUCUACCUUUAUUUUUCAUCCAUCACUGGUUUCUAGUGAAAAUACCAACGCCCUGCCUCGGACAGCUGGCCAAAAAUUCCUCCUCGGAUGCGGCUCUGCCUUUUGACUGUGCUGUUUUUAGCCAAUUUGGGGAGACGGGGUGGGGUUAGGGUUAGUUAGGGUUUCUAUGCCGGCUAAAGAGCGUCCGUCUGCCCUUCCUCUCCAGCAAAUGCAGACGUUGUAAAAACUGUACAUGGUGAUUGGCAUUUGUAAUAAAAACUGUUCUAGGAA